UGAUCCAACUAAUGAAAAUAUCAAGCAAUUUGUUGCUGGUAAAGUUUGGCGGCAAAAACUUGGCAAAUAUCUUGAUGCUAGCGAUUUCUCUAAGUUUAAAAAGUCCCCUUCCUCACUCAAGUCUCUUGAAAACUUUGUUGCUGAAAGUUUAAAGAUUCACAUUGAAUAUUUGGUUGCAGUCCGUAAUAAAGAAAAGCCAUCCUACAAUAUUGAUCAAGCAAGUACAGAAUUAUCUUCAGAUAAUGAAUAA